CUUUCUUUCAACCUUCAUACUAAUUUGAUUAUCAAUAUGCUCAAAUCAACUCAACUAUUACGUUCUCGUGUCUCUCCUUUUAUUUUUCAAAAGCAACAACGGACAAUCGAUCUUUACAGCAAACGAUUCUACAAAAUGAGUGUAGGUUCCAUAAAGAAAGGUCAAAUUGUUCAGUUCAAGGACAAGGCUUGGAAAGUGUUGAACCGUGAUCAUUCUUCUUCAGGACGAGGAGGGGCUGUUAUCAAGAUUGAAAUUCAAGAUAUUCGAACUAUGGCCAAGUCAAAUGAACGAUUCAAAUCAAAUGAUACCUUGGAAAUUUUGAAUUUGCAGGAUGAAAACUAUCAAUUUCUUUAUUCCGACGGUCCACAAUUACAUUGUCUUCAUCCUGAAACGUUUGAAGAAAUUAUUUUGACAGGUGAUAUGUGUGAAGGUGGAGAACGAUCAUUAGCCAUGUUGGAAGAUGGUAUGCCUAUUGCUAUUAGUUUCUUGACAACACCAGAAGAAGGAAGACAACCAGCAAUAUUCAAAUUACCUGCCAAUUAUGUAUAUACAGUGGAUUCAGUGGUAGAACGUGCUGGUCAAGCUGCCAAAGGAACCGUUUACAAAACUGCUUCUCUUUCUAAUGGUGCCAAGUUACAAGUCCCUGAAUUCGUACAUGAAGGUGAUCGCAUCGUGGUGGAUAUUGAAAAUAUGAAAUACGUCAAGCGUGAAUUAUAGUGAUUAGAUUAUCCCUUUUUGUUAUAUAGACAUCUUUUAUCAGUUAAUAUAUCUAAAAUAUAAUACGAAAUUUUUUUUUUGUUC